AUGAGGCCACUGCCCACUGAGCAGGGGGGCGGCAGCCACUCAGACCAGGUCUGGCGGUGGGACAUGUCCUCUCUGCUGGACGACACGGCCGCAGACGUCCCGGUCAAAGACAUCUCGGUGUACCAGCACACUGCUGCUCCAGAUGUGUUGGUGUAUCAGCACGCUCGGACGCAGCAGGACGUCUCGCGGGUGUCCAGGGAGGAGCUGGAGGACCGGUUCCUGCGUCUGAGCGAUGAGGCGCUGCAGCUGAAGCAGCAUGUCCACAAGCAGGACGAGAAGAUCAGGAAGCUGGGCACUAAGCUGAUGCGGCUGGUGAAGGACCGGACUCGGAUGGAACAGCUGGUGGCGGGUGGGGUGGCGCCCAGAGUCCGGGACGUGGAGCAGGAGGAGCUGGUGGAGGAGCUCCAGGAGAGGGUCCGCUCCCUGCAGGCCGACAAGGAGCGGCUGGCCCAGCGCCUCCUGGUGGCCCGGCAGCAGCUCAGCACGCAGACCCGCCGCCCGCCGCCCGUCCAGCCGCGGGGCAACACCGGCCUGAGGAAGCUGCCCCUCUGCCCGUCCCCCAGACCCCGGAGUGAGUCCAGAGGUCAGCCCAGGAGUCAGUCCAGAGCCUUCAGCUGGUUCUGCUGGUUCUGGCUGGUCACAUGGCCCGGUUCCUGGGGCUCCGACCCGGUUCUGCGUGUUCUGUGGGGCCCUCUGAGUCCACUUUGUUCUGCAGGCAUAAGGAGUCUGGAUGGAGGCAGACCUCCGACUGGCCAGCUGCCCCGAUAUGGACACAGCCUGCUGGAGGAGGCCAGGACCGAGAUCCGCAACCUAGAGAAUGUGAUCGAGUCCCAGAGGAGCCAGGUGGAGGAGCUGGAAGGAGCCCUGGAGCUGCAGAGGGAGGAGCUGAGGAGGAAGGAGGCCCAGUUCGAGCAGAGGCUGCUGCAGGUGCGGCAGGAGCAGAGCUCCAGCGUCAGGUCCCAGGUUGGCAGCAACGUGUCCCUCAUUAGGCUGCAGAAGCAGCUGGCUGACAGAUCCAACAGCCUGACGGAGCUGGAGGGCCGCUUCCUGGUGCUGCACCAGGCCCAGCAGACUCUGAAGGCCAGCCACGACGCAGCCAUGUCGAAGGUGGACGAGCUGUCGGCUCAGCUGAAGGCCGAGCGGCUUAGGGCUCUGGAGCUGGAGGAGCGGCUGCAGGGCCUGAAUAUCACCAAGGCCCAGGCCCAGCAGGCGUCGCAGCAGCAGAGGCGGCAGCUCCAGGAGCAGCAGCUCCGGCAGCAGGUGGCCCAGCUGGAGACGGCGCUGAAGGCCGACCUGGAGGACAAAAACCACAUCCUGGACAAGAUCCAGGCCGAGCGAGAGAGAAGCGAGCAGCUGGCAGAGGACAACAGCAAACUGAAGCAGCAGGUCCAGCAGCAGCAGCAGCAGCUGGAGGAGCAGAAGCAGCAGCUCCAGGUCUACAGCAGAGACAGCGAUUACAGCCUGGCCGAGCUCACCGAGGCCCUCCUGCACAUUAAGCAGCAGAAGGCCCAGAGGAGCGGGGAGCUGGGCUUCCUGGAGACCAGCGGCAGCCAAGAGGCCGCCGUCAGGGAGCUGAGAGCCGCCCACGCCGAGACCAUCCAAGAGCUGGAGAAGACCAGGAGCCUGCUGAGCAUGGAGAGCCAGAUCAGCCGGGACUACAAGGCGGAGCUGGAGGCUGUGCUGCAGAAGACGAGGAGCCAGAAGCUGGAGUACGAGCAGAAGCUGCAGCGGCAGGCGGAGAUGCUGGACCAGAGGGCAGCCCGGGUCGGCAGGCUGGAAGCUCAGCUCAGGGAUGUGGCCUAUGGCACCAGGAGCUCCGCCCCCAAACCUGGCCAGGCCCACCCGGACCCAGCCCACCCAGACCCGGCCCAGCAGGACCCGCUGGGACCGGGGGAAAACGUGGUGGAGCUGCAGCUGGUGGGCGCCCGGCUGUCCCCGGCCGGCCUGCGGGCUCUGGGGGACGCCCAGCCCAGCACCUUCUGCACCUACUGCUUCUACAUGUUCGAGCCGCACAGCACGCCGGUGGCGGCGGGCCACAGCCCGCAGUACGGCUUCACCUCCAGGUACCGGCUCAGCGUGGACCAGCCGCUGCUGGACUACCUGCAGACCGGCUGGCUCAGCGUGGAGCUGCACCAGGCUCUGGGUCUGGACUGGAGGACGCUGGCCAGGGGCCGGCUGAGGCUGCAGCCGCUGCUGGGGCAGGACGGAAGGCUGCAGGGCAGCAUCCCGCUGGCCGGACCUGGUGAGGAGGCCUUCGGCUCUGUGGACGUCUGGCUGAGGCUGCAGGUCCCCUUGACGGAGACGCUGCGGCGGUUCGGAGAGCAGAGGAGCGGCGACGGGACGCUGCACGCCUCUCCCAGCGAACCCGUCCAGCUGGCCAAUGGCAGCCGGACCCAGCUCGUGGUCACCGUGUGCGGCUGCUCGGGCCUGCGGUCCAGGACCGGCCAGCAGCCCAGUCCCUAUGUGGUCUACAAGUUCUUCAGCUUCCCCGACCAGCCCUCGGCCAUCGUCCCAGACUGCUGCCAGCCGGACUUCAGCGAGCCCAGGUCCUACCCCGUCCUGCCGGGCCCAGACCUGGACCAAUACCUGAGGUCCGAGGAGCUGCAGUUCUACGUCUUUGACGCCAAAGAGGAGCAGCUGGACGCGUACCUGGGCAAGGCCGGCAUCCCCCUGCUGCCUCUGGCCUCCAAGCAGCCCGUCUCAGGUGUGUUUGAGCUCAGAGACCAUUCUGGGCUUCCCGCCGGCCUCAUCGAGGUGGCUCUGAGCUGGGGGAAGCCCCCCACCACAGAGGAGGAGCAGACAGAGGAGCCGCAGCCAAUCAGAGAGGAGAGAACAGCCUCCCCUCUGAGUGACGCCAGAGAGACGCCGCUGGAGGAGGGUGGAGGGCGCCGCCUCCCCCAACACGCUGCUGCUCAGGCGCCACCGCCCCGACCUCAGAGGGCGCCGGAGAGGGACGCGGCGGCCAAGCGGGUCACCUUCAGGGAGUCCAACGCGGCCGGCCUCCAGGGGGCGACGAAGGCUGGGGAGGAGGAAGAGGAGGAGUCCCAUGUCUCUGAGGGCCAGCUGGUCCCAGCUGCUCAGUCCUGCUCCGAUGGGUCGGACAUCUCGGAGGAUAUCCCAGAAGAUGUGGAGCCCCCCCCUGCAGAGGCUCAGAGGGACGCCCAGUCGGACAGUGACGACUGCAUCGUUCAGGGGCCGGCGGCAGGCCGGAAGGCGGCGGACCGGCUGAGGCUGGAGGUGGUGUCCCUGAGCCUGAGGCCGGACUCCCGGCCGGCGCUGGAUCCCAACGUGGUGCGGCUGUUUGUGGAGUUCUGCCUGCUGGACCUGCCCACCGAGGAGACCCCCCUGUCCCUGCCCAAGCCCCCCCCGGGCCGGGCCCUCAGCUACCACUACAGCAAAGUGAUUCCCGUGGACGCCGAGCACCACGCGGAGAGGCGGCGGCUGCUGAGGGACGUCCUACGGGGGGGCAGCCCCCAGAUGGAGAGGAUCAAGUUCACGGUGGUCAGCGAGCCGCCGGAGGAGGAGGAGCAGGAGAGGGAGUGUGAGGAUGUGGGCGUGGCCUCUCUGAGGAUCCAGGAGGUCCUGGACAGGCAGCAGGACAUGAUGGAGGCCAGUCUUAGUGUGUGGGAUGUGGCAGACAGCAGCCAGCAGGUGGGGACGCUCACUGUGACCCUGGAGGGGCUGCAAGCCCUGAGGGCCCUCAUGGAGGACCAGGACCUGGACCUGGACCAGGACCAGGACUGACCAGGACCUGAACCUGGAGGGCCAGGACUUGGAUCAGGAGGACCAGGACCAGGACCUGGACUGACGCCUGAGAGCCGGUACCCUCCAGGACCUGGUCUGUCCUGGGGGGUCGGCUGGAGACUCUGGACUUUAUGUGGAGUCUGUUCCAUUUUCAGUAGUUAGGGUUUUCUGACUUCAUUUACAGUAAAAUCUGCUUUCUUCUUACUGCCAACAGAGUUUUUAGAGAAUAAAACAUGUUUAACUUUCUGAUUACAUAUUUAAUAAACUCAGAAUUUCUAUGUAUGAUAUUCUAUUUUUUUCUGUUUAGCUUUGAUUUAGCAGAAACUUCCACCAAAUGAGCUGUGUUCCAGCAGAUGUUACAGACAG